CAUACUUUCCCGCCAAAUACUGUCGAUAAAAUAAAUAACCGUUGAAACGAUCAUAAAAUGUCAUUUAUAUGGAAAUUAGAAAAGUAUGCUCGACACGAUGUCAGCAGGAAUGAAGGAAAAGGGGGAUGGGAGGUGUAUGAAAGCUCCAAAGCGGAAUUGAACAUGACUCUUACUGAAUCCAGCUUCUUGGUGAUAUGUCACGGACCAACAGUUGUCGAAAGUCAUUCACUAGUAACGGCAAGAGCGUCUAUAAGAGGUUUGGUGAAAGGCGACAGUAUGAUGAUCAUGUAUAAAAUUCGGGGAAACACAAGAAAAUUCCGUAUAAGUUUUAAACCAACGGAAGCACAGUCGGGUAUCCAAGUUUGUCAAGGAUGUACUGAUAAGCUAAAUAAGUUCUUUCCCGUGAAGAUCACCAUCGAACCAACUUCUGAGUCACAAGAAGCAACACAGGAUCCAAACAAGAUGGAAACAAACGAAACAGAACCCCAGGUCCAAACUCUUGAAGGGGAGGUCAGCAUGUCAACAAUGGCACAGGUACUGACUGGUCAGCUGAAAGCCAACCUACCAAAGGCUUACAAGGAAACUAACUUGCCUACCCAGGACAUUGGAAUGUUCCUCAGGAUGUGCCUCUCCGAUCCAUCGUUUCCGGAUUUUGUGGAAAACGUGGAUCAGGAACUGAAGAAGAUCACCAAAGAAACCGAAUCGGAUCUGUAGAAAGACGGGAAAUGGAGUAUGAGACUGAAACUGUUUGAAAUUUUGGGAUCUUGGUGUCUUUGGAUUAAAUACUUACAAAUUG